AUGGCUCUCAGCUUCUUUAGCCAUACGAACCCCGCGAAACAUUUCGAUAUCAGACUCGACGAUGACUACAUUAUCUUCCGCGGAAGUCCAGAUGAGGCUGCCAGUGCACAUCUCAAGGGCACAUUGGUCCUCUGUCUUUCAGAGCCAUUGACGAUCAAAUACUUACGACUUCAGCUCGUGGGCGUUUGUCGUAUUGGGUGGACUGUUGUGAGCGGACCUCUCAGCGGAGCCAGGAAACAAGGAAAGGAGGAGGUGGUGUUCGAGAAGACCUGGAAGUUUCGAGACGCUGGAAAAGGCAAAACAGAGAUCUUGUCUCCAGACAACUAUGAAUUUCCCUUUGACGUGAUCCUGCCAGGGUCUCUCCCGGAGAGCGUUGAAGGCCUCCCCGACUCGUGGGUCACAUAUCGGCUAAAGGCAGAGAUUGGGCGAAAAUAUGCAAAGGACAUCAGUACGAGAAAGCCGCUGAGGAUCAUUCGCGCAUUGGAUCCAAAUACGGUAGAGACGAUAAACGUGACGAGCAUUGAAAAUGUAUGGCCAGAUAAAUUAGAGUAUUCUUUCACGGUGCCCAACAAAGCUAUUAUAUUCGGCACUCAUAUCGCGGUGAACUUUCGGAUGGUUCCACUUCUGAAAGGCCUUGCGCUGGGUACCAUUUCCACUCAAUUGGUCGAGUCUCUCGAGAUGACCAUGCCUGCAGACGAGUCUGUGCCGCGCAAUUCAAAGUCGUCAAGGGUCAUUUUUUCCCAUUCUUUCGAGGUAGAUAACGAAGGCGACUUGCAGAUUCUGGACGACGAGGCGGAAGGUUACAAGUUCUCCAAAACUUGGGAUCUGCCCAGGACUUUGCGAAAAUGCUUGCAAGAUGCAGAGACAAAAAGGAUCAAGGUCAAACAUAAGCUGAAGUUCAAGGUUCACCUUCAGAACCCCGACGGGCAUACUUCAGAGCUUCGCGCAACCCUCCCGGUCUUCAUCAUUAUUUCUCCCAAUUUCCGAAUCGACGAGAACAAUAAUGUUGUUGGCCAAAACCCGCACUCGGCUUCAAUCGACCACUACCUUAACCAGCAAGCACCUCCUAUGUACGGCGACCAUCGAUUCGACGCCCUGUAUAGUGACCUAGAUCCGAAUGGCUAUUUCACCCCCAACAUCUAUAGUGGGAUGACUUCGCCCUUUGGCUCGCAAAGCAGAAAUAUGUCUGCUGAAAACCUUGCGGUUCUUCCAGGCUUUCAGGUAGGGGAUAUCUGCGCCGAUACGUUGCAUAGCCGAUUAGCGGAUCUUCGCACCCGUGGUUCCGGAGCCACAUCUCCUUCCCCUGAAGUCCUAGAAGGCCCGGGGGACGAACUUCAGCGGCGGUCAUUCUAUAACGCCGAUCAACUUCCCUCGAUCAUGAGCGAACUUGACCUUGCGGUAUCGGACGGUUCGGGGCGCUCGUCGGAGGAAGGUCAAUUUCCGUCGGGAUCUGCGACGCCUGCUCCACGAGUCUACGAGAUCGAAGAUCUAUGCCGCGUCCCUAGCUAUAGUACAGCUCUCCGGUCGAGUGCGAGGACCCAUUACGAUGGAACCCUCCCCAAUUACCAAGCCGCCACUGCGUCUGGCAGGCCUCCUCCGCGUCCUCCCCAGUCAACCCACUCCCGAAGAGCAAGCCGGCUCUUUGGAAUCCUCGACACACCCAUUCGUCCUCAUUUCUCAUUACACCAUCGCAGUAACAAUGACUUGUCUACGGACACCGAGAGGCAAGUCAGAAUCAUGCAAGCGCGGUCUCGAGAGUAG